CUUCCAGUGUUCCGCUGCGUCGGGAUCCGGGGACGCAAAUCAAGGGAAACAAAUCGUCUGACAGAAGAAAAGUUCAUGCUGGAGUUUAGAAACGUCCUUGAAAGACACAUGAAGACCAAAGUGAACAUGGAGAGCCUGAGCAAGCCGGAGUUGCUGAUGCUCUUUAGCAUCCUGGAAGGAGAGCUGCAGGCUCGGGAUGUUGUCAUUGAAGCUCUAAAGGCUCAAUGUAAAGAGCUGUUCAUCCAGGAGCGCUAUGGUAGGUACAACCUCAGUGACCCCUUCCACGCCUUGCAGAGAGACAAUGAAAUUGUUGGGGGCCCAAAUAAGGAACCUGGUCACUCCUCCCCCACCUCCAACCCUCUGGUGGUUCUCAAACUGGUGGUGAGCCACUGCAGGAAGAUGCAAGAGAAGAUGCUGGCCCAGCUGGCUGCAGCUGAGAGCAGGCACAGGAGGGUUAUUGCAGACCUGGAGGAGGAAAAGAGGAGGCAUGCUGAGGACACAGCAGAGGGAGAUGAUGUCACCUACAUCCUGGAAAAGGAGAGAGAGCGCUUACAACAACAGCUGGAAUUUGAGCGGAGUCAGGUCCGCCAUCUGGAAAAGGAGCAGAGACGGAUUACUGAGCAGCUUGAAGAAGAACGGGCUCAGCACAAGCAGCUCUCCUGUGCUCUGGCCAAAGAGUGCAAGUGGGCGAGUGCCAGGGCUCUGGAGGAGGGUCACCGCCUGACGGAGCUGAACCGCAAACUUGACAAGGAAAAAGAUGCCUGUCAGACUCUGCGAAAGGAGCUGGACGAGGAAAGGAUGCGAGCCCUGAGGAUGGAGGCGAGGGUGGAGGAGCAGCUUGCUGAGUUCGACACAGAACGGGAACAGCUUCGCUCGCGGCUGAAGAAGGAAGAAGCUCAUUGCUCCGAUCUACAACAACAGGUGGAAGAGCUGAAGAGGAAGCUGGAAGAAGUGCAAGAAGUCUUUGCUUCUUCAAAUGAGGCAACAGGAAGAGAUCGGGUUAGAAAGGUUCCUGCAGGAAGCUUAUCAGUGGACAGCAUUAAGGUUGAGGACAUUGAAGAAGACCAUGCAUCUGAACAGCCAAAGUCCCGAUCUUACUGUCCAGGGGAGGCCAAUGGGUUUCAUAUAUCAAGCAUACAUGCAGAGAAGACGUCCUGUCAGAAUGGAAAUGAGACGCAAACAUCGCUUUCUUACUCCGGUGCAGUGUUUACGCCUCAGUCUCGUUCCUCGCCCUGCACUUCGCCUGUUCUUGCCAAACGCACCACAGGCACUGUGAGCCAGGGAGGAUACCAGUCUCCAUAUCAGGCUGGGAUCAACCAGCGUUUCCAUGCUGCGUGGCACAAGUUCCAGAGUUCCUUUGAGCCGGAUUCACAGUUCCAGCCUGCUCAACCUGUCCCCUUGCUCUCACCAAAAGAGCUCUCUCCUGUGACCAGCAGCUCGUCUCCUGAGGCCAGCCCAGUCAAGCAAAUGGCCCGGAGCACAGUCACUCAGGUUCUGUCCCGGUUUACCUCCGUCCAGCAGAGCGGGUCGAUGAAACAGGGCACACCAAAUAACUCCCCGUUUGGUACAGACUACCGUAGCCUUGCAGCACCCCUGUCUCCUUCCACUGGGAGGGCCACAGGGGCAGUUCCACAGGGGGUCCGAUCACCAACCAUCUCCAGGGUGGAAAGGGGAAACCCCCCGCCUAUUCCUCCAAAGAAACCCGGUCUGGCCCAGGCUCCUCUCUCUCCAGCAGCCGUUCCAAAAUCUGGCAGCCAUUUCUCAGAGAGCCCCCUGUCCGGUAGCUGUGGCCUCAGCUCAAACCAGGAGGGCGUCAAAGAACUCGACAUGGUGGUCUCAUCAAAUUAACCCAUUGUUCAGCCUUCAGAUACUUAAUUGCGGGAUCAUCUAAUGGUUAUAACUGAGACUUACACAAGUCAGGAUUUAUAUUAGUUCUUUAACAAAAAUCCCUCUCAUAUUGUUAUAUGUAUUUAUUAAAUGUAGUUUAAACAUCAACAGAGGCACCAUUUUAGGUGGCAAUAAAGAAGUAAAGUCUAACAUCUAAAAAAAAAAAAGUACAUCCACACUAAUGAGCUCUCAUUCGAUCCCCGUACAUGAGCCUGAAGUGUUUUGCUGGUUAAUGUAUAAAAAAAAAUCAUCAUUGAAUACUACAAGUUUUACAGAAGUUUAUGUGCUACCAAGUCUUAUUUUAUUGUACAGUCUUAGUAUUAAAGGUUAUGAAUGUUUCAGAGUCUAUUAAUCAUACAUGACAUCUACAUUGAUUCUUUGAUAUUCUCUUUGCGUAGUGAUGUUUAUCAAAGAAAAUGAUUACAUGCAGUUACUGUUGGAAGAGAUUUUAAAGUUGAAUGUUAUGCCUUUGUCAUUAGUGGAAUCCUGCAUUACUUAACUAUAAACCUUUGCUAUAAUUAGUAUCAGGGUUCUUCUGCCAUGUUGAUUAUUUCUGCCUUUAUCACAUGCUUUACAUGCUGGCUGAAAAGUGACAUAUUUAAUAAACUACUCUCAAAGUUAAA